AUGCUAAUUAUGCAGUAGAAUUAUCAACUUGGAUUAGUUAAUAAAGUUGAUACUUGUAUACCUUAAUAUGAUUUUAGUACCCUUACAGGAACAUAAUAAAUUUGCUUACGUUAUCCAGGUUAUAGUUCUAAUUCAUCAACAGCUACUGAUACAACUCCUAAUGUAUAAAGAAAGUUUUCAGAUAAUACUGAAGAAUCUGAUAAUGCUACAUGCGCUUCAUUCUUACCUGGAUGUAUUAGUUUUGGAAAAGAUUGUUUUGAUUUCACGAUUCCAUCCACAUUAAUGAAAGAAACUCAGGAAACAUAUGAUAAGAUAUUUGCUUGUACAACUGGAUCUAUUGAUAACUUUACAACAAAUUAAUGUUACAACAGUUCAACAGCCACCGAAAAUGAUUAUUGUAUUAUCAAAAUCUGCAAAUUACCAAAAAAAGAAAAUGAUGGUACAUGUGGUUUUUUUAGAGGGCACUAUUAGAGAUUGUACAGAUAAUACGGCUGCAACAAAAUAUGA